AUGGCGCAGUCUGGCAUCCCUAUCAUCGACAUCAACUCGGCCGACGAGGCCACCAUUGGCAAGCAGCUCGUCGACGCCGCCGAGGAGCAUGGCUUCAUCUACAUACGAAAUCUCGGGCAAGACAUUUCCGUUGAACAAGUCGACGAAGCGUUUGAAUUGUCGAGGAGGCUGUUUGACGCCCCAAUAGAGGAAAAGGUCGCUUGCGCCAUACAGACGAACAACCGUGGAUGGGGCGGACUUCACUCUGAAACACUGGAUCCUAGGACACAGAAAAUUGGAGACUUCAAAGAAGUAUUCAACAUUGGGCUCUUCAAAAAGGGCCAGCCCCAGCAGCCGCUCCCUCCCGCCAUCGUCCCUGACCAGGCCCGUCUCGAAGCCUUCCGCGACGUCUGCACCGCGAUGUGCACCAAGCUCCUUCGCCUCAUCGGCAACGGUCUCGGCGUCGGCGACUUCUUCGCCCAAGCACACGAGAUCAAACCCGGCGAUGAAUGCGACACCAUCUUGCGGCUGCUUCGCUACCCUCCUCCAUCCUCUCCCUCCUCCUCCCCCUCCCCAGCCGACGCCGUCCGCGCCGGCGCGCACUCCGACUACGGCUCCAUCACGCUGCUUUUCCGUCUCCGCGGGCAAGCCGGCCUCGAAGUGCAAACCACCGCCGAAAACACCUGGGCGCCGGUCCCCGUGCAGCCGCCCGGCACGGAGCGCGACCCCGCGCCGCCCAUCCUCGUCAACGUCGGCGAUCUGCUGUCUUAUUGGACCAACGGCCUGCUGCGGAGCACGGUGCACCGCGUCGUGUUCGGCGGCAGCGGGGUCGUGGAAGGCGAGAGCGCGACGGACCCGCGGUACUCCAUCGCCUUCUUCUCCAGCCCAUCGCCAAGCACGGAGCUGGGCGUCGUGCCGAGCGAGCGCGUCAGGAACUUUGUGCCGCGAGGCGGCGACGGCGGAAACCCGUACGCGCAGCGCAAGGUGAUGCGCGCGGACGAACAUCUACGGAUGAGACUGGCGGAGACGUACGGAGACUUGUACAAGAAGAACGAAUCAUAA